AUGGUGGACGUCCUGGGCGGCCGGCGCCUGCUGACCCGCGACGGCGCGUGGGUGGAGGCGGACGCUGCGCUGCAGAACAAGGUGGUGGCGCUGUACUUCGCCGCGGGCGGGUGCGCGUCCAGCCGCGACUUCACGCCGCUGCUGCGCCGCUUCCACGCCCAGCUGCUGGCCCAGGCGCCGCGGCCCGCGCCCUUCCAGGUGGUGUUCGUGUCCGCCGACGGCAGCGCGCGGGAGAUGCUGGACUUCAUGCGCCGCCUGCACGGCGCCUGGCUGGCGCUGCCCUUCCACGACCCCCUCCGGCAUGAGCUGAGGACCAUGUACCACAUCUCGGUCAUCCCCAGGCUGGUGGUUGUGAAGCCCAGCGGGGAGGUCAUCACCGACAAAGGGCGCAAGCAGAUCCGGGAGCAGGGGCUGGCCUGCUUCCAGAACUGGGUGGAGGCAGCCAACAUCUUUCAGAACUUCUCUGGAUGACGUGGGGCCUCGGCCCUGGGCAGGGGGCCUGCACACCUGCUGCAGCAACGGGUGCCUGGGACAGGGAGAGUGGCCCACCUCCCAGAGCUGGGGUCCCCACAGAAGUCCCAGGUGGGGACUGUGCGGCCCAGGAGCAGGGCCCUCCCGCACCUGCCAGGACGUGUUUGCACCAUUCUUAGCAACGCUUUCUCCCCGAGCGCUUGAGCCGGUUCAUGUCCAGCUAUUGGAAUCUGGGGAACAGGUGUUUGUACUGGCUCUUUAGGGGACAUCAUGGACUUGCUGAGACACCAUUGGGGACUCAGUUCACGUCAGCGAUGUGGACAACUGAGGAACCCACGUGCUUUAAUAAGGAGACUCCUUCUCCCCGGAGCCCCCACUCCCUUCUUCCUUGAAGCAAACCUUAGGGGCUGUGACGGGGAAAGUGAAAGGCUGUGGGGACACCGUCCUCAUAACCACGGACUUUCCCAGGCCGCUUGCUCAUGUCUCUAAGAUCCAAUGCACGUCUCCUAAAGGUGCUGGUGCAUCGGGGGAGCCGAGGCCUGCAUGCUUUCUUUGCAAAAAGCACGAGGAGGCCUGUCAGGGUCCCGCACCAGCCUCAGCCCCCACCUGGCCUUGCCCUGCCUGCCCUCACCCUGCCCGUCACUCACCACUGGGAUCUGGACAUACCAGUCCCCUGCGGCCUAGUUCUCCCUGCCUCCCCUGCUCACUCAGCCGCUGGACCUCAGGUGAGGGGGGGCUCACAGCUGUCCCUUGGAGGGUGCCACACAGACGCACACAGCAUGUGCUACACACAGACACACAGACGCGUGAGACGAUAACACACAGCGAGCGCUCAUCCCAAUUUGCAGAAUCGAUGGAUUAGAAGUAUUCUUUCCUAUGUCCCUGUGUGCAGGGGGAGUGGGGCCCGCUCUCUGCCCUGGGAUGGGUGCAGGAGCACAGGCCUUGCUGGAAAACAGACCCCAACUCGCCUCAGUGGUUACAGGCACACUCUGCUUCUUCAUCUUAUUUUUUUUAAGAUUUUAUUUAUUUGAGAGACAGGGAGCAAGUGAGCACAAGCAGGGGGAGAGGCAGAGGGGGAAAGAGGAGAAGUGGAACAGGGAGCCUGAUGUAGGACUCGAUCCCAGGACCCUGAGGUCAUGACCUGAGCCGAAGGCAGAUGGUUCACCACCUGAGCUCCCAGGGGCCCCGCAGGUGCGCUUCUGACCCCCCCCCCCCACCUGGAGGGGUACGGUAGAAACAGAACAAACUCAACAGUCUCCCCUCCCGCCCCAGGAGAACAUAAUUUACGGGGCAGGUCAGCUCAGUCUCCUGCUUUAUAAUAUACCCAGAAUCCCUGCUCAGGGUCUCCCCUCUGGCAGCUUGUCCACUGUGGCUCCCUUCAGCAGACACCAUCUGAUGACUCGUUGGAUGGGGUGGUGAUUGGGCCUUCUCAUCCCAGGACCAAAGGGGCAGCUGGGGUCCAGUCCCUUGUGCCCACUGCAUCCCUGGCCCCACCUCCAGCCUCUGGGCACCUGUGUGGGUCAGCUCGGGUUGUGUAAUGAAGCCCGCAGACAGGGCGGCUGCCACACUGCAGCUGGUUGGCUUGCACCCUGGAGGCAGAAGUCCAAGAACAAGGUGUCUCGGGCUGUGUGCUCCGAGCUGCGCCAUCCCCGUGUCCUCACAGGGCAUCCCUCUGUGUGUGUCUGAGGCCCGAUCUCUCAUAAGGACACCAGACAGGUGGGAUUAGGUCACCUCGGUGACCUCGUUGGACCCGAAUCACCCCCGUAAAGACCUUGUAUCCAAGCACAGUCACAUCUUGAGGUGCUGGGAGCUGCAGCUUCAGCAUAGGAGUUGGCGGGCCAUGCGGGCUCCUGGCAGCAUGACACAGGGCCGGCAGACACAUCCCAGCCUGCAGCACAGCAAGGAUGGAGGGCGGGGACGGGCAGAGUCACCAGCCCUUCAGGACCCCUGCCCUCCAGCCUGCCUCCCUGAGCUGGUCUCUCCAGCAGCUCCAGCCCCUGCUUGGGGUGGCCAGGGGGGGCCUCUGCUCUCUGACGAGCCCCCGAGAGGCUGCUGGUGCCACGGGAGGCCCUCUGAGACACAGCUCAGUCCUCCAGGGCCAGCAGGGCAGCAGGGGCUGCAGAGGGCUCCUCAUCCCACAUAUGGUCAUCCCUGUGAUGCCGGCGGGCCAUGGUGCCUACAGUGGCUCUGCAAUCCCCGGGCGGGGGGCGGCCUCCCCGACGGUCCUCACCCCCAGCUGCCCUCCUGCCGCUCCACUCCCUGUGCAGAGUGAAGCCGCUGAGUCUCUGGCCUCUUCUCAGGUGAACCCAGGAAGCUGUUGGGCCCCCACCCCGGUCGGCGCAGCCCCUCCUCUGUCUUCUGUUCUCCAGCCUCGUUGCACGGGGGCACCUGUGGCUUCUCAGGAAUCAGGGCCUCUUCCCUUCGGCAUCAGGAAACCCAAAUGCACAGCUUCACCUGCUGCUUUAAACCAUUUCGGGCAGAUUCUGGCCUCAGCGAAGAUGGUUAAAGCCUGAAUCACCUGCAUGACAGUCCCUCCCAGACCAGUCGGACACGUGUCCCACCAGCUCGGGCCUGCCUGCCCCUGGCCGCCUUCCCUGGGCCUCGAGCCUCCUGCCUCAGGCUUGCUCCGCAUGUGCCACCUGCAGGGCGCCUGCCUGCCUCCCUGGGGGCCGGUGAGGAGGGAUGCUGUUGGCUGGAAAGGCCCGGAGGUCAGUGCAGGUCCUGAGGGUUGGAAGGAGGCCAAGGGGAGGAUGAGAGGUGCCGCGGCUGUGUCAGGACAGAGCCCGGGUGAUAAAUGCAACUUGUGUGACUCAGGUUUGCGUAAAGUGACCAUUCCUGUGACAGAAAUAGUGGGUGGGUGACUAGCAGGGAGGACAGUGGGCACACGCAUUGUCCACGGAGCACCCAUGGGGAUCGGAAGGGGCUGCAGGGACCUGCCAAAGUGCCACUAGGCAUGAGGCAGAGCAGAGCAGGGCCUCGGGUCCCAGGCCGCCCGUGGACGCACACCCUGCAGCCAGGGCUGUUCCCGCAGAGCAUGUCUUGAGGACUGAAAAAUACGACCCGCACAGACUAGGGGCUUCCUGUGGGGGCGGCGGGGGUCUUUCCUGGAUCCUGCUUGUCACUUGGAUGGCCACCACAGUCCCUGGCUGGGAUCCGGUGUCUAUGCCCCACCUCCUGGAAUGUGCCAUCCACACAGCAGGUAGGCCCGUCCUUCGUGUGGAAAUCAGGUCGAGUCGUGUCCCUGCCGCUCAGAGCCUCUGACUGCGGCCAGGCCCUCCUGGAGGUGCCCACUUGUUUCUCUUCCCAGACACACCACCCUGUCCUUCUCCCGGAGUGGCCACCUCCUCACCCUGCUCAUGCUGCCCACAUGGCUCCUCAGAGGCUCCUUCCCUCACCCUCCCAUCCAGAUGGCACCUGCUGCAUCUUCGUGCAUCACUGUCAUGGACAGCCUUCUCUGGGUUGUCCAUCUGUCUUUCUAGCUGUCUGCCAGUCAUUCAUCAUGUCUGUCAAUCAUCUAUCACAUCCAUCUGCCUCGUCUACUGAGUCUGUCAUAUCAAUCACCCAUCCAUCCAUCUCUAUCUACCUGUCUAUUAUCUAUCUAUCUAUCUAUCUAUCUAUCUAUCUAUCUAUCUAUCUAUCCAGCAAUAAUCUAUCAUGUCUAUCUACAUCUUUCUCCCUGACCAGCAAGGAAUUACCUUGACAGCAGAAACUGCAUACUUACCUGGUUCAUAGAAUUGGUACAGACUGGAUGCUCCAUGACUUUUUGUUGACUUACUGAAUUCUAAGAUUUUAUUUAUUUGAGAUAUAUAGAGAGAGACAGAGAGAGGGAGCAUGCGUGCAUGAGCAGGGUUGGGGCAGAGGGAGAAUUUCAAGCAGACUCCUCACUGAGCAGGGGGCCCUAAGUGGGGCUCAACCCCAGGACCCUGAGAUCAUAAUCUGAGCCAAAAUCAAGAGUUAGACCCUGAACCAACUGAGCCACCCGAGCACCCUGGGCUUACUGUAUUCUAAUGUCUACUGAGCACAAUCAGGGGUGGCACCUGUAGACUACCGUGUCCAACUGCAGGUCCUCAGUGCACCUUAGGUUGACUUGUAACCAUAGCCGGGACAUGGUGAGAAGGUUUCCAGUUUUCCUUGUCAGGUUUGAUACUCUUUUUGGUUUAAGAUAUCCUUUCUCAUUAUAAGAAGAAAAUAUCCACUUAUUGGUAAGUGUUUUCAAAAUUUAAUCAGGAAUGGAUGUUGAAUUUCUGUUUUUAAAAGUAGGCUCCGUGCUAGCACAGAGGCUGUUGCGAGACUUGAACUCAGGACCGUGAGAUUGGGACCUGACCCAAGAUCAAGUCAGACACUUAACCUACUGAGCCACCCAGGAGCCCCUGCUGAAUUUUUUUUAAAUGCCAUUUUAGCUUCUCUGUAGUCGAUGAUAUGAUUUUUCUUCUUUGAAUUAUUAACACAGUGAAUUCAAUGAAUAGAUGUCCUAGUUUGAAUUAUCCUUGCAUUCCUAAGGGAUAGAUCCUACUUGGCCAUGGCUUAUUAUUAUUUUAAUGAGCCUUAGAAUUAAAUUUUAUUAUUUUAUUGAGGCUAUUUGCAGAGAUAUUCAUAGAUAGCACUGCUCAUUUUAUGCUAUUUUUUCAGCCCAAUCGUGCAGUCAAUGCCACCACACACCACGAUGUGCCACCUGCUUCUGCAGACCUUGUUACCCACGCAGAGCAUUGCCCACUCACAAGUGUGGUAUGCACAGGGUGGUUUUACAUAAGGUGGAACUCUUGGUUUUGCUUGUUUCGUGCUUCUCAAAGAUGUUUUUUUCUUUUGGCAAAUAGAGAACAUGGAACCAUGCUACUCGGGGUUCAAUCUUUUGUUUAGAAAUAAGCUCUUAUGGGGGCACCUGGGUGGCUCAGUGAGUGAGCAUCUGCCUUCGGCUCAGGUCGUGACCCUGGGGUCCUGGGAUCGAGUCCCACAUCGGGCUCCCUGUGAGGAGCCUGCUUCUCCCUCUGCC